AUGGACCGCAUGCAUGGGUUAGGUCCUUCAUUCAUCGAUAUCACCUGGGGUGCUGGCGGUCGCUUAUCGGAUCUGACUUGCGAGAUGGUCAGCGUGGCACAAUCGGUAUAUGGCUUGGAGACCUGCAUGCACUUGACUUGCACAGAUAUGCCAUUAGAGAAGGUUGAUCAAGCGCUCCAAGCUGCCUACAAAGCUGGCUGCACCAAUAUUCUGGCUCUUCGAGGAGACCCACCGCGAGACAAGGAAACAUGGGAGGCCACGGACAAUGGAUUUUGCUAUGCGAAGGAUCUGGUCAAAUACAUACGGGACAAAUAUGGCAACCACUUUGAUAUUGGUGUGGGUGGCUAUCCCGAGGGUGCCGAUGACAAUACCGAUGUGGACCAAUUGAUCGACCACUUGAAGGAGAAGGUUGAUGCGGGCAGCUCUUUUGUUGUCACACAGAUGUUUUAUGAUGCGGAUAACUUCAUCGAAUGGGUGAAGAAGUGCCGAGCCAAGGGCAUCACUGUCCCCAUUAUCCCCGGUAUCAUGCCUAUCCAGACAUACGCAUCUUUCAUUCGUCGGUCCAACUGGACUAAGGUCAAGGUGCCUUCUGAGUGGAUGGAGGCCCUUGAGCCGGUCAAGAACGAUGAUUCUGCGGUUCGAGAGAUCGGAAAGACUCUGAUCGCCAAUAUGUGCAGACAGUUGGUCACAGCUGGUAUCAAACACCUGCAUUUUUAUACCAUGAACCUGGCUCAGGCGACUCAAUUGGUUCUCAAAGAGCUCGAUCUUUGCCCGUCGGACGAUUCCCCUAUUCAACGUGCGCUGCCCUGGCGGCCCUCCCUUGGCCUCGGCCGAAGGACAGAGGAUGUGCGACCAGUAUUCUGGCGCAACCGUAACUCAUCAUACGUUGCUCGUACCCAGACAUGGGAUGAGUACCCUAACGGUCGCUGGACCGAUUCUCGUUCACCUGCAUUCGGUGAACUCGACGCUUACGGCGUGGGCCUGAAGGGUACAAAUGAACAGAACAUCAAGCUUUGGGGCGAGCCAAAAUCGAUCAAGGAUAUUUCGGACAUCUUUGUUAAGUUCUUGACCGGCAAGCUCGACCGACUGCCGUGGAGUGAUUCGCCAAUCACGACCGAAGCGCGCGAGAUUCAGGAGGAUUUGCUCAACCUAAACCAGCGCGGAUUUUUGACAAUCAACUCUCAGCCCGCUGUCAAUGGAGUCAAGUCGUGCCAUCCUGUGCACGGAUGGGGCCCCAAGAACGGUUUCGUCUACCAGAAAGCCUACCUUGAGCUUCUGGUUCCCUCCAACUUGAUCGAUGAGCUCAUUACUCGCAUCGAGAAGAACGAUGACUUGACUUACCACGCCACUAACAAGAAAGGCGAGCUCAGGACCAACACACGUGACAGCCCGAAUGCCCUCACAUGGGGUAUCUUUGCCGGACGGGAGAUCAUCCAGCCUACAAUCGUCGAGACAGUCAGUUUCUUAGCCUGGAAGGAUGAAGCAUACCUCUUGGGCGAGCACUGGUCCAAAUGUUAUGACGCAGCGAGCCCUAGUCGCAAGCUGAUUCACCAGGUGAUGGACGACUGGUAUCUGGUCAAUAUCGUUGACAACGACUUCCACCGAUCUAACGCUGUCUUCGAAUUAUUCAAUGGCCUCGAGGUCAAAGAUCUCAACGUCGAACUGCCUGGGGUACCAUUGGACAACGGCAAUGCCGAGCAAAAUGGCGUUGCUGCCAAUUAG